GCAGGCUGUAGAUUCACCUGGCAGCAAUACUCUCCUGGAACUUCUCACUACUACUAAAACAACGUACCAAUUCAAUCCCGAAGCUUCAAAAGUUAAGUCUAGCCUCGAGGCUAGAAACCUCAUCCCACUUCACCCCGCCAUCCCACCACUUCAACACCACCACAACCGCAAUCAUGGUGGUAGACUACAGCAAAUGGGACGCGCUGGAAAUCAGCGACGACUCGGACAUUGAAGUCCACCCAAACGUCGACAAGAAGUCCUUCAUCCGCGCCAAACAAGCCCAAAUCCACCAAGAGCGUGACCGCCGGCGCCACCAGAUCACCACUCUCAAGUAUGAGCGCAUAAUCAACGAUGGCCUCAUUAUGCGCAUCGACAACCUCCUUACCGCCCUCAAAUCCCACAAGGCUGACGCCGACGACUCGGACAAGCUGCUCUUCCGCUCCAUGAUAGAGUCGGCGGGGGAUCCGGCGGAUGACCAGCCUCCACCGCCCCCGCCCGGUGUGCAUGAUCAAAUGAAGGAGAAGCCGACGUAUUCGCAGAUGAUGGGCUCGUUGUUGGACCAGGUCAAGAAGGAGGUGGACGAGUCGAAGUCUGAGAAUAGGCUCGAGGCGUUCAUUACUGAGAUUAGGAAACAUGGAGAUAGGGUUAAGGCACUACAAGGGGAGCUAUACGCUAAAUUGGCGGAGCUGGAAAAGGAGGAGAAGAGGCAUAUCACAAGUGACGACAUACACACAGGCUUCGACUACUCGAAUGUCAAAGCCGCCGCACCCAUACCCUCCUCCUCCACCACCAGCAAACCCAAGCCCCAAUCCACCGUCGAAGUCCUCAACCCCGGCGCGCUGCAACGCGACCCCCUAACCCGCACCGACACAGGCCAAUCCUCUGGCGCCGACGCCGACAUUGAAGAAGGCACCAACUCCGACGGCGACGAAACCGAAGCCUCGCCCCUGGGGAAAGAGUUCGCCAAGAUCAAAGCCGGCGACUACAAAGCCUGCCUCGCCUUCAUCUCGGCCCACCCUGAAGUGCUCGCCGAGCGCGAAACCGACGGCCUCCUCGUCGAAGCCUUCAAUAGCGAGCUCGACGGCAAGCACAAGCACGCAAAGCAAUGCGUGCACCAAGCCCUGCUGAUCCAGUACUGUCGCCAACUCGGAGGUCGCGAUGGAGUCGGACUGUUCUUUAAACGCAUAACAACAAAAGACCACCAAGCCAACAAACUCUUCACCGACGACGUCGACUCCACCUACCGCCGUAUCCACACCCGCGCCGCCGAAAUCGCCGAGGAGCGCGCCGCGAACCCCCAGUCCGCCGAGGGCGUCGAGCAGAUCCAGCUGCACGCCGUGGACCCAAACACCAAGAUCAAUAUCUCGAUUCCACCCGCCACGCCGACGUCCGACGAUCCCGCCGAGCGCGCGGGACAGGAGGAGGCACGCAAGGUGUUCGACGCGUUCCCGCCCGGCCUGCAGCGCGCGCUGGAGAGCGGGAGCCUGGACGAAGUGAACAAGGUGCUCGCGAAGAUGAGCGUGGAGGAGGCGGAGGAGGUAGUUGGGAAGCUGGGUGAGGGGGGCAUGUUGAGUCUGGAGCAGGGGGUUAUCGAUGCGACGACGGAGGAGGGGAAGAAGGCGAUGGAGGAGAUUGAGCGAAGUGGGCGGAUGCCGGGGUUCGUGGAGGAGGAGCAGCUGGCUGGGGAUCCCGAGUAGGCUGAGUGAGUGAGGUUUGAGGAGAGUUCGGAUGAGGCCACGAAGACAAGAUUAAGAGG